AUGAUCAACCUCAUGGACCUGUUUCUCGACGAUCCAGAUACUCCCGCUCCUCCAGGCUCUCCGCCAACUCGCACCUUUGAAGGACCAUGGUUCAGGACUCAACUCGUGUUAUCACUCACAAUCGGAAUCGUUUCCUUCUUUCUUUUCUCCUAUUCGAGGACCCGAUGGCCUUUGCUGUUUGCUCCGAGGACGAAACUCAAAGGUUUCUCUCCUCAUGAAGCUCAUGCUCACUCAGCCUUCUUUGGGUGGAUACUUCCCACCAUUAAGACCUCCGAGAUCACAAUUCUUCAGAUAGUAGGCUUGGAUGCGGCUGUGCUCUUGAAUUUCUUCAAGAUGUCAUUCUAUCUCUUCACGGUUAUGUCCUUACUUGCGAUUGCGAUCUUAAUGCCCAUAAAUUACAAGAAUAAUAUUGGCAUGCCCACUGACGAGGAUGGCGACCCAGAUUGGUAUACUGCUUUGGAUGAUGACCCACCAAAGAAGCCCCCGUCACAAGGGUCAGGAAGAGACUGGAUGGAUCUCUUGAACGAUGCCAACUCUUACCUCUCCGUUCAUCUGUUAUUCACCUACAUCUUCACCUUCCUCGCACUUCGAUUUAUCCACAAGAAUUACGCCAGAUUCAUCCGGGCACGACAGCUGUUUUCGCUUGAGCUAGUCCACUCUAUCGCUGCACGUACGGUGAUGGUCUCCGAUCUCCCUAAUCACUUGCGUGGAGAACGGGCACUCGCGGUCUAUUUUGAAAAUAUGGAUCUGACCGUCGAGAGUGUCAGCCUAUGUAGAGAAGUAUCCACUCUCAAGGAGCUGAUUGAUCGCAGAACGGACGCUUUGUUGAAAUUGGAGAAGGCUUGGACGGAUUACCUCGGAAAUCCAAGCAAUGUAGACGUAUACGACCCAUCAAAUAGUGCGGUUCCGCCUCUAAUCGACAUUGAAGAAGGGCGGUCGUCUUCCCCUAAUCGGACUGCUCCGUUAGUUGUUCCUCAUCGCAAGAGGCCUACAAUUAGACCCAGCUGGUUCAGACGCAAGGUGGACGCCCUGGAAUAUCUCGAGGCGCAAUUCAAGGAGGCAAACCAUGCAGUGGAGCAGAAGAGGAAAACGGGAAAAUUUAAAGCGUCCCAUACAGCAUUCGUAACCUUCGAAAAAAUGUCAAGUGCACAAAUCGCAGCGCAAGUCGCACAUGCACCACAACCAUUACAAUGUACAACAGUCCUUGCUCCAGAGCCUCGCGACAUCGUUUGGGAUAACAUGACGCAUUCGACAAAUGUGACCCGCGCACGCGAGCUGAUUGUGUUAGGAAUGAUGAUGUUAAUAUUCUUCUUCUGGGUGUUUCCUAUCACCGCGCUUGCGAGUUUGUUGAGUUACGAGGAGAUUAAGAAGACCAUGCCAUGGCUUGGCCGUUGGAUUGAUGCGAACGACCAAUUGCGUGCUAUCGUGCAAAAUGUUCUGCCGUCUGUUGCGAUGAUCUCGUUGAACGCGCUGUUGCCCUUCCUUUUCGAAGCCCUUACCUAUUUCCAAGGUUAUCGCGCUAGGAGUUGGAUCGAAUACUCACUCUUGAAGAAAUAUUUCCUCUUCUUACUCGUUAACGUAGUCUUCAUCUUCCUGCUUGCGAGUACAUACUGGCAGUUGAUUCGUGAACUUGCGGAGUCUCCCGCUAAAGUACCGGAGAGGAUAGCGCAAGCUCUGCACCAGGGUCGUGCUAGAUAUUUCUUCCUUUCCUAUGUCCUCCUCCAGAGCUUGGGCAUUAUGCCUUUACAACUCCUCAACCUUGGAAUUAUAAUACCUCGCAUUAUUCUUCGUGCAUUCGUGACUCGAACACCACGAGAUUAUGCCGAGUUGAAUGCACCACCGAUGAUCAACUACGGAGUUGUCUAUCCACAGGCUAUCCUCGUUUUUGUGGUGACGAUGCUCUACAGCGUGAUCCAGCCCACCAUUCUUAUAUUCGGAGCUCUGUACUUUGGAAUCGGGUAUUUGGUGUACAAGUACAAGCUCUUAUUUGUCUUCUAUAAACCAUACGAGUCUCAAGGACAAGCCUGGCCCAUCACAUUUACUCGUCUCAUCUGGGGCAUAUUCAUUUUCCAAAUCUUCAUGACGGGACUCUUCCUUCUCAAAAAAGGAUAUGUCUUAUCUUUCUUCAUGGCUCUCUUGAUGCUCGCGACUUUCGUUUGGUCGUUAUACACUUGGAAAUUAUUCAAACCUCUGAGCAAGAGUGUCAAUUUGAGCUCUGUGUUUGAGGUGCAGCGAGGUGAAGAAUCGGCGGAAAUUCUUAGGAUGAGGGCUGGGCAUCCUGUUACUUGGUCCCAGAGCAACCUGAAUAGGAGGAGGUAUGCCCAGAAUGACGAGACGCUCUAUGUCGCACCGGAAGAUGAGCGGACGGACUAUUCACAACCUCCCAUGGCAAAUUGGUACAAUGGGGUAUUAAAUACCGGAAAACGUCGAUACGGACACCCGGCUCUCAACGGCGUCCUUCCGCAGCCAUGGCUACCCUUAAAGAAGGGGCAGACACUUGUCAACAGAGAAGCUCCAAGCUUAACACGGAAUGAUAGCGAAGCAGUUGUCCUCACUCUGCGGAAGCGAUACGGCAGCAUACGCAAAGGUGGACGUAGGAGGACGAUAAGUGCAUCCUUCUUACAGGAACAAGAUGCUGGAGGUCGGGAACGAGCAGGAUAUUCAGACGCCGAUUCAACUCUAGGUAACCCAUGGACUGAUUAUCAAAGGGACGAGCAGAAUGGUCAGGAUGCUCGAAGGGUGAGCCAUCGGUUGAGCUUUGACAACGCGACGGGAGUCAUUGUCCUGCCCGAGGACGCGCAUUGGCUAAUGGAGGAUGCAGAUACUGAUUCAGAAGAGGAAGAUUAUGGGAAUGACAGCACACCGAGCAAUGCCUCCGUACACGAAAAUGGUUCGUCAGUAUCGACUGCAUUGGAUGCUGCUGGGCCGUCAACAGCAGCAGCAGCGACCGCAACCCCUACUGCUACUGUAGUCACGCCUUCUAAACAAAGGCAUGGUACAUAUUUCCAUCAUCCGGAGAAGCGUAGGAAGACUAUUCCUGGAGAGUUCCCAGGAUCUUAG